AUCGUAAUGGCCACUCUUGCCGCUAGACUAGCUUCCGCCAGCAUCAAUCGUUCAGCUCGUGUCGCUGCUGCUCGCAACGUCCUCGGUAUGUCUCUAUCGUUCAACCUACAGUAUUUUUCUUAUUCAUCUAUUGAUUUUUUUUUGUCUUUCGGAAAGUCACCUUCGGAAAUUCGACCGAUAUUUUUAUUUCCUGUUAUGAUGAUGCAUGGAGGCAUGCAUCGCCAAACUUGCUAAGGGUUAUACAGCAAUCAUUCGGAGAGCAAACUAAAUUUUCUCUCUUUUAUUUCUCUACUCCACAAAAUGAUUCAUAUUCUUGAGAGUCAUUUCCAAAGACAGGGGAAUGGAUCAUCAGGACUGUCGUAGCACACAUUUGGAGCGUGGGCGAAAGGAACAAUUUUGUUAAUUGGAAACGUCUACUUUUCAACAUUGGACAGCUAUGCCAUUGAUAGGAACUCCUGCUGGACUUGUUGCUCAGGUUCGCUUUAACCACAGCUCCGCUCGUGAUACCACUCAGAUCCCAAGUUUUGACAAGUACAAGAGCGGAUCAGGUGAUGCCUCCAACCGUGCUUUCUCUUACUUCAUGGUCGGGACCACUGGAGCCUUGUCCUUUCUAGGAGCCAAAACUACCGUGGCAGACUUUUUGGCCAACAUGUCUGCUUCUGCUGAUGUUCUGGCUCUGGCUAAGGUUGAGGUUGAUUUGAGCACCAUUCCUGAGGGUCGCAAUGUUACUAUUAAGUGGCGUGGCAAGCCCGUCUUCAUCAGACAUCGUACUGCUGAUGAGAUUGAGGAAGCUAACUCUGUCAACAUUAAGGAUCUUCGCGACCCACAGACCGAUGCCGAACGUGCUUCGAAACCCGAGUGGUUGGUCAUGCUGGGUGUCUGCACCCAUUUGGGAUGUGUCCCAAUUGGUGAGGCUGGUGACUAUGGUGGCUGGUACUGCCCCUGCCACGGAUCUCACUACGAUAUCUCCGGUCGUAUUCGCAAAGGGCCUGCACCACUCAACUUGGAAAUCCCUGUCCACUCCUUUGAGGAAGGCAAUAAGCUCGUCAUUGGAUAGAAUCUCUCACCCUUAGACUUUUAUACUUCAUAGUUUUCUUCCGAUCCAAAAUGUUACACUUGUCGACAGCAGCAUCACUCUUUCACUACUUCACCAAUCACCCUAUCGCGCGCCAUAUACAACACUCUCGCCUGUUCCAUGAUAGAAUGCC